AUGAUAUCAAUCAACCAGCAAGGCGGCACCACCCACCAACAAGCCGUCCCCCGGCCCCGCAACGACCGCGUGGUCCCGAAACCAGUCCCUGCCGCCCAGUCCAAGGACCCCCGCGGCUACCAGCUCGGCCAGCUGCGCAAGCGCUUCUCGCCCCGCGAGUCUACCGUCGACGGCGGCGCCGCCACCUCCCUGGUCUUCAAGCUGAAGCCCUCCGACCCGGACUUCCCCUUCGAGCUGGAGCACCUCGAGUGCGACCUGCGCGUGCCGGAAGACUACCCCGAGGCCGCCCCCGUGCUGCACGUGCGCAACAGCGACAUCCCUCGCGGCUUCGGCGUCAACGUCGAGCGCGGAUGGGACCGCCUCGUCCGCGAGCGCCAGGGCGCCUCCCUCCUCGCGCUCACCUACGCCCUGGACAAGAACCUCGAGGUCUUCCUGUCCGAGCAGAAGGCCGACACCGUCAAGCUGGUUUCGUUCAAAGACACCAAGGACACGCGCCAUCUCGAAGCAGCAGCAGCCGGCGGCGCAUCUUCGCCAGCACCGGCAGCGCAAGCGCCUUCUCCAAAACCGGCACCCGUCAGACGCUACGAGCCCGAGGAGUACUUCACCCAGGAGGAGAUGGCAGCCGCCAAAGCCCGCCGUGCGCAAGAGACGCGGCAGCUCGAGACCCGCAUGGGCCGCCUGUCGCUGUACCGCCGCUCGCCGGACGGCAUCGUGUACACCCUGCCCCUGGAGCCUCGCCGCCGCGGAGAGCUCCCCGGCGGCCUGCAGAGCGUCAAGACGGUGCACCUCAUCGUGCCGCUGCUCUACCCUCUCCAACCUCUCCGCAUCCAGAUCAACGAAUGCGAGUCCAACGACGCCGAGCCCCUUGAGGAGCUCUUCGUGCGCAAGGCGGCUGAACAGAAGCAGAUGACGCUCACGAGCCAUCUGAAUUACCUCGCGCAGAACAUGCACGUCCUCGCGAAACAGGCCCUAGCACCGCCCAAACCCGCCAAAACUGAGCCUGCCGUGGCCCCUGAAAAGGACGCCAAGGCAAAGGCCCCGGAAGCCGCCGCGGACGAGGAUCGGAGCCACGUCAAGGUCAUCCCCCGGCCGCCGGAGUGGGACCGCCGAGCCCGCCACGGAGCCGACGCCGAUGACGACGACACCUCCGACAGCUACGACUCUGACUCGUCCAACAACGGCGGCGCCAACCUCGACGCCGAAGCACCCACGCUCUCGUCCGGCCUCACCCCUGAACGCGGCACCUCCAUCUCCUUCCCCGACAUCGAGCUCCACAGCAUCGAGCUCUUCCAGGUCUCCAUCCUCAACCUCAGCGUCAAGUGCACCCGCUGCAAGACCGCCAACGAGAUCACCGGCCUGCGCCACGAAGCCCCGCAGACUUCCAGCUGCCGCAAGUGCGCCGCCGGCUUCGCCGCCCAGUUCCGCCACCAGCUCGUCCACGCCAACUCCACCCGCGCCGGCUUCGUCGACCUCACGGGCUGCACCGUCGUCGACAUGCUGCCCAGCACCUUCGUCCCCGUCUGCGCAAAGUGCUCCACGCAAAGCCAGGGGCUCGUCUCCGUCCGCGGCGACGCGACCACCAACGUCUGCCGCACCUGCCAUGGCAAGUUCACCUUCAAGAUCCCGACCGUCAAGUUCCUCGCCAUCAGCGCCAGCACGCUCGCCGCGCCCUCCGCCGGCCCCGUCAAGAAGGCCGAGAAGCUCGGCCUGCACGCGGGCACCCCGCUCCCGGAGCGUGGCGCGUGCGCGCACUACCGCAAGAGCUACCGCUGGUUCCGCUUCUCGUGCUGCAACCGCGUGCACCCGUGCGACCGGUGCCACGACGACGCCGAGGGCCACGUCAACGAGUGGGCGAGCCGGAUGGUGUGCGGGUGGUGCAGCCGCGAGCAGCGGUACUCGCCCGACGCGUGCGGGUUCUGCGGGCGGAGCGUCAUCGGGCGCAAGGGCCGAGGGUUCUGGGAGGGCGGCAAGGGGACGCGGGACCGCACGCUCAUGAGCCGCAAGGAUCCGAGGAAGCACAAGAGGGUUGGCGGCGGGGAGUCGUCGAAGAAGGACUGA